CUGGGUCCUGGAGCGGAGCUGCGGAGCACUGGGGAGUCUCAAAGUUUGUCUGUGUAGCAGUAGUGGAAAGCGGACUUGUUGCGAAAGGAUUUUAUUGGGAUGAGAGUUUAACUCCGGUCUUCAUUUUGGAUGCUCUUCCUGUUUUAACUCCUGCAGACUCCGGUCUCUGGACAGCCUGUCUCCCCUGGGGAUUCUCAGAUCUCCGAAGAGAGUGGACGGGAGCCUCUGGCAGUUCUCCGUCAGGCAGAGGAGAAAACGUUUUCCUUUCUAAGUGCCUGAAUUACACAGCCACUCACACACACACGCACACACGCACAUACACGCACACGCGGAAUCUGCCUGUCCGAGGAGGCUCUGCCGGCCCCCCUCCUGCCCUCAGCAUCCUUUGCCCAGCGGGGCUUGGACCACCAUGGAGGUGCUGGAGAGUGGGGAGCAGAGCGUUCUGCAGUGGGACCGCAAGCUGAGCGAGCUGUCAGAGGCCGGGGAAAGCGAUGCUCUCACGUAUCACACGCACUUCUCAGAACUUCUGGAUGAGUUUUCCCAGAACGUCUUGGGUCAGCUCCUGAAUGACCCUUUCCUCUCAGAGAAGAAUGUGUCGAUGGAGGUGGAGCCAUCCCCAACAUCCCCUGCACCUCUCAUCCAGGCUGAGCACAGCUACUCCCUGUGUGAAGAGCCUCGGGCCCAGUCACCAUUCACCCACGUUACCCCCAGUGACAGCUUCAAUGACGAGGAGGUGGAAAGCGAGAAGUGGUACCUGUCUACAGACUUCUCUUCAACAACCAUCAAGACAGAGCCGUUUACAGAUGAGCCGCCCCCAGGACUUGUCCCCUCUGUCACUCUGACAAUCACAGCCAUCUCCACCCCUUUUGAGAAGGAGGAACCGCCUCUGGAAAUGAAUACUGGGGUUGAUUCCUCAUGCCAGACAAUUAUUCCUAAGAUUAAACUGGAGCCUCAUGAAGUGGAUCAGUUCCUAAACUUCUCUCCUAAAGAAGCUCCAGUCGACCACCUGCACUUACCACCAACCCCUCCCAGCAGCCACAGCAGCGACUCGGAGGGCAGCUUGAGCCCCAACCCACGCCUGCACCCCUUCAGCCUGCCUCAGGCCCACAGCCCUGCCAGAGCCACGACUCGGGCCCCCUCUGCCCUUUCCAGUUCUCCUCUGCUCACGGCUCCUCAUAAACUGCAAGGAUCAGGCCCACUGGUCCUGACAGAGGAGGAGAAGAGGACCCUGAUUGCUGAGGGCUAUCCCAUCCCCACCAAAUUGCCCCUAACAAAGUCAGAGGAGAAGGCCCUGAAGAAGAUUCGGAGGAAAAUCAAGAACAAGAUUUCUGCCCAGGAAAGUAGGAGAAAGAAGAAAGAAUACAUGGACAGCUUGGAGAAAAAAGUGGAGUCUUGUUCAACCGAAAACUUGGAGCUUCGGAAGAAGGUAGAGGUUCUGGAGAACACCAAUAGAACUCUCCUUCAGCAACUACAGAAGCUUCAGACUUUGGUUAUGGGCAAGGUGUCUCGUACCUGCAAAUUAGCAGGCACACAGACUGGCACCUGCCUCAUGGUCGUUGUGUUAUGUUUUGCCGUUGCGUUUGGCAGCUUUUUUCAGGGCUGUGGACCCUAUCCAUCUGCCACGAAGAUGGCUCUGCCCAGUCAGCAUUCCAUGCCAGAGCCGUACACGUCCUCUGUUGUGAGAUCCAGGAACCUGCUGAUCUAUGAGGAGCAUUCUCCCCUGGAGGAGACGUCUAGCCCAUCCUCGGGUGGGGAGCUUGGGGGCUGGGACAGAGGAUCCUCCCUGCUCAGGGCAUCAGGGCUGGAGUCCAGGCCAGAUGUGGAUCUUCCCCAUUUCAUUAUAUCGAAUGAGACAAGCUUGGAGAAGACAGUGCUGUUGGAGCUGCAGCAGCACCUGACCAGGAACUAUGGAGAGUCUGGUGCUUGUCAGGAGGUGCCCUAAGCAGAAACAAGGAAAAGACCGAGGUCAGCUCCAAACUGGAGGGGAACGAAACACUAAAAGUUGUAGAACUCGACAGAAGAGUGAAUGCCACUUUUUAAAGAGGCUCUAUCCACCCUCCUCCUUUUUCUUAACUCCACUUAUACAUCCCCACACCACCUUGGUCAUAAGCCUUUCCUUUUUGCUACCCAAUCUUGAUGAAGACAAGUAGUGGGUUUGGAUGGGAAGAGAGCCUGGGAUUUCUUCCUGCAGCGAGAGAGCAUCCUCCUCUCCAUUUCCAUCCCCUCCCGUGCAGAGGGGAGCCUGGCAUGUCUCGCUCCCUUUCUCUUACUGCCAUAGGAAAUUAUUUUAGGGCUCGGGGUGGGACGAGCAGGCUUGUUUCCACCAAUGGUGCCAAAAGGAUACUGCCUGAUUCUCACCUGUCAGGUGUGCCCACUUCUUUGAGGAAGAUUAAGCGCUUGUUCAUUUGAGACCCCCAACUUCAGCCAGAAAAACCGAGGAUGCCUGUUGGGAUCUGGCGAAGCACUGACUGAUGUCCUCCCUUCCUCACACUUGGCUGUCCGUUGUGAAUGCCCAGUUUUGGCCAUGAAUCAGCAUCCCCCCUUCCACUCUCCCCCCUUUGAGCCCCCCCUGGAUUGCCCUCCCUGCACUGACUGGCAGGUGAGGGCUUCCUCUUUGCAUUCUCAGGCCGCAAGUGCAAUGCCUGAAGGAAUCAGGCUUUUCUACUCCAGGCGAACCAAUCCCAUCUUGUUGCUUGUAGGACUCCCCCAUCACCUGUUUUUCCACAUCCCCAUAGUUCUGCCUCCCCGGCUUCUCCUCCCCAUUUGUAAAUAGUAUUUAUUAGCUUUCUGAGGUUUCCCACUAGCAACCACACUGAAGAGAUUCGGUGCCUCCCUCCAAGCUAGCGAAGUCUUCUGUUGACCUUUGUAGCUGAGAGGGCACAAUAGGCUCUGGGGUCUGCACUCUUUCCUGACCAUGUUUUAUUUCCUUUUCUUUUUUACUGGAGGUCUUUACAAGAUUAUGGUCAAGACAUCCCCUGAAGCAUUUGUCUCCCUUUAGGGUGAACUCAGAGGUAAAGAUGGAGCACUUCCUUGCUCAGAUCUGUGGCUCUGUGGCCACAUAUUUUUUCUAUCCUGUUCCCCAUAACAGAGAAGGGAGGUCCUGGGCCUGACAACAGGUAUUUCAGACAACCUUGCUGGCUUGUCUUUCCAUACCUGCUCCUGGCAUCCUCCUUCCCUUCUCCUCCCCUCACCCACCCCACUCCUGCUUUACCUUUCUCUUCUCUUGCCUCAACAAGGGGGAUGGACCUGAGGCCCAUUCCUGGGGUUGGGAUAGAAGACAUUUGUAUAUUCACAUUCUUACCUUUUUAUAAUCAGGUUUGGUUACUUUGCAGCUCACUCCAAAGAGAUACAACCUAACCCACCAUCCUCCUUUUAUUAUUAUUUUUAAUGAUUAAAAAUAACUUUUGUAGUUUAAAAAAAAAUCUUUCUUCUUUCAUACAAAUAAGAAAUGGAAAUUGCCUUUUUAUUGUAUAAUGUAGAAAACUCCCCUUAAGUGUUUUUCUUUUUCCCCAGCUUGUAAAAGAUUUUGUGUAAGGACAUUUACUUACAUUUUGUAUUUUAUUAGUAGUAGCAGCCGAGGGGCCUUUAGCGCUGUUCUCGCUUCUCGUUCUCUAUCUCAGCUGUCUGCAUUAUUGCUGACGAGUCUGUACUUAAGAGGGAUUGAACCCACACAUGGGCCUUUGAUUCCAUAACAGGUAACAGGAUUUGGUGCCAUUAGCAUUUGCCAUCAUACUUCAUAAGCGGAUUCUUGCUUUGUGUGCCCAGGUACAUGUAGGGUUUACAGUGAGCAAGUCCCCUCUCUCCCUGUUGUGACAGGGAGUGUUCAGACUGGAGAAUGGCCAAGUUCAUCUUUCUGGCAGUGUGUAAAAGGUGGAUUGGGACUGUAAUGGUCCUGACAGCCCUGCAGUUGUGAUGUUUAUCACUGUCAUUUGUAGUGGCCAGGGAGGGCUGGGACCAUCUGAGCUGUGUAGGCAGGAGUUGGUAGUAUGCCCCCUGCUUCUGAUGCUUCCGCUCCACUCUCCCCUGCUCUGGAUCUUCUGGGGCCUGGAUGCUGUCUGGUUAUCCUGGGCCACUGCUGACUCAUCCUUCUCUUUAAAAUUUCAUGCAAAUAUCAGGCAGGAGCCAGCCUGUGGGGCCAUAGAAAAGGUGGAAAGAAGGAAUUAAAGCAAGUAGUAUUUGGGUGAUGAAAAAGGAAGGGUUUCACAUUUAAGGGCAGAGGUACAAGAAUGGGUCAGCUUUUCCACAAGCCAAAACUGAACCAGAUUGGGUUUUUAAACUGAACCUCGAUGUAGCCAGAAUGGAAAAUCUGCUAGUCUGACUAGAGGGAGAAAAAAAGCACAGACAACUUCUAGUCUCUUGUCCUUAGUGCCUUGAGGAUUUUCUGCCCUACUACACCCUUGCUUGACAUCACUGUCUCCAGAUCUCCAAGCAUCAGGGUUUUAUCUCCAGGGAAUUAUCCUUCCAGAAUUGCUUCUAUAUCUAGUAACAUGGGACAACAGCCUGAGAGCUCCAAUGGCCCUUUUGACAGUGUUCCAAAAACCAACAUUGUUGCUAUUUGAGAAAAAUCUCUGCCCUCUACUCCUUGCUUGGGUGAGUAAAGGGAACUAAAGUUAUCCCUUUAGGAGGACCUAACAGGCACAUGAAGACAAAAGAGAUGGAUAACAACAGAUUGGUUCUAAAUGAUUAAUGGAAAUGUGCACUUUUUCUGUUCAAGUGUUAAGACCAGAAUAUCAAAGAUCAAAGACCAAUCAGUAAUACAUGGUUAGGUCUGAAGAUUUCAAAUAGUGGCAGAUAUUGGCUUCUGGACUUAAGUUUUGAAAAGUAUGAGUCUAUGAGAGCAACCAUGAAUCACACAAAAAAAUAAAUAUGGCAUGUUAAUUAUAUUUUUCAUCAUGUAAAAAGCUUUUCUUCCUCCCUUUCUUGAUUAGGUUAAUUAAGGAGAUGUCUUACAAAAAUGCAGAGAACCAAUAAUUUUUCACUGAGUAACCCAGGCCCCCCAAGGUAGUUCUUUUCACACGUUUCAACUUUGCACUUAGAAAUGGAUAUUGUAAAUUAAAGGCACCAAUGCCCAGUUUUAAGAAAGAAUUUCUGUGAAGUGCUUGGACUCUGGAGUCUUUCUCACAUAAAGAGAGUAUUAUAUAAAAAUCUGACAGCUGAACGAGGUUGUUCCCUUUUGGCAGGAGUUGGGGAUGGAGCCUGAUACCAGUGUAGGCAAAAUUAAAUAACUUUUUUAUUAACGUAAAGAAUUUUUAUUUGGAGACAUAAUUUGUAGAUCAUGAAAGCAGGUUUUAGUUCAGCUUAUUUACAAACCAAAUAAAUAAUCCCCCGAUUUUUCCUCCCCGAAUCUCUUUGAAUUCCUCCCUUGUCUUAAAGAUACCUGCUGGUGCCUUAGCUGUGCCUUCUAUAUAAAUCUAGAUUGACUGAGGAAUCCCUUGACUGUGGAGAUUUUAUCUGUAGCCUUAGUAUUAGACUGAAGUAACUGUGGGGAAAAGGAACUUUUUCCAUAGGCUCAAAAAUGGUUUCCUGAAAGUGAGCCACUCUCAGAUUUGCACAUCAGGAAAAAAGAAAUAGGGUUAUUUCCAUCAGGAAAAUCCCAUUUUGUAGGGGUGCAAUCAAAUCAAAAGCAGCCAUCCUGGAUUAAGGGUAUUAUAACCUCGUGGCAGAACAUUUUCCUCAGUGCAAAGGAACCUGCGCAUUUGAAGACGAAUGCUCAAAGGGUCAGCACAUACUACAGGAAGAAACCAGGGUGCUGUUUUGUUUGGUUUUGUUAUUUGGGGCAAUGUAAAAUUCAGGAAUGCUUGUUUUGUCUUGGUUUCUAGAAGGAAGGGAAAUUAUAUUUUUUGAUAACUUACUAGAUUAUCAGAUGCUGUGCUAAAUAUGUUUCAAGUCCUUUAAUUGUAUAGAGAUACAGGAAACAAGGGUGACUCCUCUCCCACGGCCUGGUUUACCGGGGGAUGAUAAACAGCUGUAUGUUGUGAGAAGUGCCACGAUCUGUGGAUUAGACUGAGCGAUUCCUUUCUGUGAAUACACUGUAAACUUUUAAAGUUCUCUGGGCAGGAAACAUAGUGUCUGCCCCCUGUGAUGGCCCCACUGUUAGAUAGUUCGGUUCCUUGUCUCAUGCUGGAGAUGUCCCACAGAUGUUCAUCUCCAGUCUUCUUCAUCCAGUCUUCUGUGAAUUCCAGCUAGCAGGCUUUGCAUCCUGGAAAAGGGAAACCAAGAGUUUCAGCUCCCUGCCUAUUUUUCUGCUCUCAUCCUUUGCUCACCAGCUCUUUGAGAACAUGAACUUUCUGCACCAUGGACCUAUGGUCUAUACUACUCAGAUGAAAUAUUUCACGAGUCUAUGAAGAACACCAGCCCUCUUGGACAAUGUGAGUGACCCUUUUUAAACAAUGCCUAAUGUUUCCUGGACUAGAAUCAACCUUGAGCUUUAUGGUCUAUGCUGACAGGCUGGGCUCUCCCCUCUUCUUUUGUAACAGGUUAUAUAGAGAAGCAGUGUGUAAAUCUCAACAUAUUGUGAGUCUAUUAUCCUAUUGUGCUAAUUGUUUUUUAUGGCUCUUUAUUCUUUAUUGUAGCUGAAUAAAUACCAAAAGAAAAAAUGCUUUGUAGGACUCAUACGUAGUUAGGGAGAAAAAAUAAUAAAUUGAAAUUAUUAUGCAUUUGUAUUUCCAUUUCUUGCAAAUAAAUAUUUUUUCUUAAAGAGUA